GCGUCGAGUGUGUGUGCGUGUGUGUGUGUGUGUUUGGAUGUGUAUGUGUGUGUGUGCGUCCGUCGGGGCAACAUCUCCUCUGUGUGUGUGCGCUAACGUGUGUGUGUGAAGUGAAUUUAAAGAAAGAAAGAAAAAAAAGAAAAUUAAAGAAAGUGUGAAAAUAAAGAAAAUUAGAGAAAGUACGAAAGAAAGAAAGAGAGAAAAUGGAGGAGGAGGCAAAGCGCGGAGAGAGUUUCCAUUCCUAAUCUCUCUCUCUCUCUCUCUCUCUCUCUCUCUCUCUCUCUCUCUCUCUCUCUCUCUCUCUCUCUCUCUCUCUCCUGGACGAGUAAAAUUGAGUAAAAAGUGAGAUAUAGAGAGAAAAAAGAAGAAGAAGAAGAGGAAGAAGAAGAGGAGGAGGAGGAGGAAGAGGAAGAAAGAGAAGAAGAAGAAGAGGAAGAAGAGGAGGAAGAAGAAGAGGAAGAGGAGGAGGAAGAUACCCCUCCCCCCUUACACUUUCAUCACCAAAAUCAUCACCACCACCACCACCACCACCACCAUCAACACCACCACCACCACCACCACCUAACACCACCACCACCACCCUCAACACCAGAGACACCACCACCACCACCACCUUCAACACCACCACCACCACCACCACCAACUCCAUUCCUCAUCACCUCCAAAAUGUUCGCUUGCUUCGGUCUCAAGGCGAAGCACAAACGUUUGACCUCGCCCUCACCAACCCAAUCGGAGGUGGAGCUCGUAACUCCACUCAACCACUCACCACACGCCUACCACAACCACCACCACCACCACCACCUCCUCCACGUCAACACCAAACCCGCAUCCAACACCGCUUAUCAUAACAACAAUGGGAUAUCUCUCACCUUACCCUCGUCAAUUUCACCUCCACUCAACUCCACCAACUCCACCACUACCGAGUCCACUCCACGCCUCCCUCGGCCCCUUUCCCAAGGUACUCCGCUCCCCAAGAGGUCUUCCUUCCGUCGCAAGAAGAGUAAAAGGAGUUCGGAGUCUGAGUUGAACCUUGAAUACCCCGUCAAGGCCCCCCGCCCAGCAGUCCCCCAGGGCGUCCCCCGGGGCCCCGCAUCGCACAAUGGCCCCCAGCACCACGCCCCCCCGCCCGCCGUGCCCCCCGCGCCCCCCGCCCAUCUGGAGGUGCGGCGGCUUCAGGCGGAGGCGGCGGCGGCGAGGCGGGAGAAAGAGGAGGUCGUGAAGGCUGUCGAGGCGCUGACGGUCAUCAUUCAUCACUUGGCCAAUACGUACGAUCCGUUUUCUACGCCAAGAUUGAAGGCAGACGUGAAGAGAUUGAACGCCCAGCUCACGGAGACACGACUCAACCUUGACGAGAGCAGCGCGGCCGUCAGGAGGCUUCAGGAGGCGGAGACCGACGCUGCGGACCGUCAUGAAGCGGCUGUCAGGGAGCUGGAGGCGAGGCACACGGCGAACCUCGGCGAACUCACUGCCCGACACGCCAAGGAUCUGGACCGUGCCCUUGAGAAACACAGGAAGGAGUUGGCCCAGUUCACAGAGGACCAGCAGACCCAGCGCGAGGCCGCCAGUCGGGCCCACGCCAACCAGCUGGAGCAGGUGGAGGAGGAGUGGCGCGCUAAGCUUGACCUCCAGCACGAGAAACACCUGUGUGCCCUGCAGGAGCUCAACACACAGCACAUGCACCAGGUUCGGGAUCUCGAGUCCUCCCGGCGGGCCAAGGAGCGGGAGCUGGAGGAGGCCAACCAGCGGCUCGUGGAGGAACAGACCAGCCUCAGACAGCAGGCCAAGAAGCUGGAGGAGACGCUGCUUAACGACACCGACCACAGGCUGGCGGCCGUCAGGAGGAUGUGCGCGUCUCUCAAGAGUGAGGUCGAUUCGCUCAAAUCCGUGGUGGAGAUGAAGAACUCGGAGAUCCACAGCCUGAGGUCACAAGUCGUAGAGGUCGGGAGGUUGACGGAUGACCUCGACCUCGCGCGGGAGAGGGCACGGGCGCUCCAGGCCAAGACCGAGGACCUCCAGGCUCAGAUGGAGAAGAAGGCGCAGCAGGAGAGGUCACUCGUCAACGAACAUCGCUUGCUCGUGGAAACUUACCAGCGCGAGUCUAAUGUCAACAAACGUCUGAGUCUUGAAAAUGAGGAACUCACUUGGAAGCUUCGGCAGAGGGAGGAGCUGAUUAUGACCUCCUCCUGCCCCGCCCCUGCCUCCUCCUCCUCCCCCUCCUCCUCGCUGGAUCUGGUCACCCGCGCACCCGUCUCCCCCAGGCCAGCCACCCCCCAGGGCACCCCCAGGUCACCCAGGGUAGCUCCCCGGGGGUGUGGCAGCGUGUCGCCCUGCAAGAGUGAGCCUGGCCGGCGGCGGCACCGCGGUGGCUGCGGCGGCGUGGCGGAGGUGGUGGAGGACGCGCCUGAGUCCCCGCCGCCGUCGCCGUGCGUGAAGGCCGUGGUGGAGAAGAGCAACUCCGUGUCCUUCAUCCUGGAGCUGACGGGGGGCGGCGGCCACUCCGGCCCCGGCACGCCCACCACGCCCACCAGCCCCGACAACCCCUUCCACCCCCUGUCGCCGCGACGCCGCCCGCACCGCACCGCCUCGCUCUCCGCCGCCGACCGACCCCGACCAUCCCCGACCCCCGCCCACGCCCGCCGCGCCGCGCGCCCCCGCGCCGCCACGCUGGGCCGCGGAGCGCGCCUGCACCACGACCACAACGGCGGGCCCGCCACCUCCACGCCCACCAGCGGCGGCCCGCACGUCAACGGGCGGCGCUCCGCCUCUGAGAGCAGCGAGGGCGGCGUGGCGGAGGGCGCGCGUGUGUCCCCCACGGGACUGGCCUGGACGGUGCCCGUGCGGGGCAGUGGCCCCGCCCCGCCCCGUGCGGCGCCCCGCCAGCUGCUGCAGGACCCGCAAGAGGAUGAGUACGAGUGUGCCCCGCGGGGCCAGGCGCCGCCCCGCUUCCUGGACGGGGCGGGGCUGACCAGCUCCUCCGAGGCCGCGAGCGACUCCGAGCUGAGCCAGUGCUCCCUCAAGGGGGGCUCCUCCCCCGAGGACGACGACGACGACGACGACGACGACAGCGAGGCGGCGGGGGCGCCGCGCCCCGGGCAGGGCCCCGCGGCAGCGCCCCGCUGCCCCAAGGACGGGGCGGGCGAGGCCAUGAUCCCCGACGAGUUGCUUCAGCAGUACGGGGGCGCCGCGCCCCUGUCCCCGCCGGACCUGGCCCCGCCCCGGGGGCCGCGCCGCCGCCUGCCCUCCGCGCCCUCCUCGGACUCCGACGAGAACACGACGCCGCACAACGACCCCGACGACGGCGACGACGAGGCGGCGGCGGGCGACGCCAGUUGGUCCGAGGACGUGGACGUGACCUCGUCCUCCGAGCUGCACGACGACCUGUGAGCCGCGGCGGCCCCGCGGGGCGGCGCGAGGCGGGUGUUCUCUAGUCAGGCCCACGCCGCCCCGCCCGCCGCGCCCCGCCCCGCCCCGCAGCACAAUGCCCCGCGCCCCGCGCCGGCCCGGGGCCCCGCUAUACAUACUAUACAUAACUAUAUAUAAACCUGUAUAUUCCCUCAGUCUCCCCCCCCCCCAGGCCACGACACGUAGGCGGCGGACGACCGUCACGCCACGACCCUAGGCUGACCCCCCCAGGCCCCCGCCUUGACCCCCCCCACCCCCCCUACCGCUGCUGCUGCUGCUGGUACUGCUGCCGCUGCCGCUUCCUUAUCCUCUCCUCCCGGUGGUACACACACACACACACACACACACACACACACACACACACACACACACACAGGGCUAUUAUAUGCAAAUCAGUGCCAUUGAUCAGCUGUUUACACCUGUUAGAGAGAGAGAGAGAGAGAGAGAGAGAGAGCACAACAUGAAGUAGAGUUAGUGAAUAUUAAAUGUUAUUACUACAAAUCUCUUCUCCUCCUCCUCUUCCUCUUCUUCUUCUUCCUUGUCAUCCUCCUCCUCCUCCUCUUCCUCCUCCUCCUUGCCCUACUCCGCAGCCACAGCCUUCAACACACACACAUACACACACACACACACACACACACACGCACACACGCACACACACGCACACACACACACACACACAUCGGUUAGUAAGAAGAUAUUGUGAUCAUAAAACGUAGGAUAGAAGGAAAAAAUAAUAAUAAUAAUAAUAAUAAUAAUAAUAAUAAUAAUAAUAAUAAUAAUAAUAAUAAUAAUAAUAAUAAUAAUAAUAAUAGCAAUGGAUGAUAAUGAUGAUGAUGAUGAUAAUAAAGGAAGAUUAAAAUGA